GAACGUUUGCCAAACAAGGAAGCAAUCCUACAGCUAGCUUAUGCCCGCGACUUUGCUGAAAGCUAGUGGGGGUGAAGUCCGAAACCAAAUUUGAAGACGUUUAUGAUCACAGUUAGCUAGCUUCACGUCCUGUGGCUAACUUUACAUUCAGCAAGGACUGUCUACUCGCUCUUGUCUUGCUGCUAAUGCUAUAAGAUCCAACGAAGCUUGCCUGGCCAGUUUAGCUGGCUAGCUAGCAUUCUUCUUGUCGACUAGUGUGUGUGCUGUCUGCAUUCCUGUGUUGAGUUUUUGACAGCGGACUUUUCACUUCUUUUGUCUUUCGCCCUAACGGUGGGUGUCUGUCCUAGGUAGCUAGCAAGGGCAUUGUCCACCCAGUCACUUUUCAUGCUAGGCUUUUGAAUAGAACGCUACGUAAGAUAACUAGCCUAGCUAGGUGGUUAGCUAACGGCGCUUAUCGACUGUCAUUCUUUUCUCUUGAGUUGACACAUCGCAUCGGACUAGCUGUAUCAUGGGCUCAAACACAUUAACAACUAGCUAGCUAACUAGCUAGCUUAAGAUUUCAUGUUAUUCUGGAGAGGCUGCCACUCCAACAUUCCAGACCUUUUCAUCCAAGAUUUCCCCCCACACCUUCCCCACAAAGCCCCACUCCCUCUCCCUGACCCCUCAUAAUGUUGGAGGGACUUGUUGCCUGGGUACUCAACACAUACCUAGGCAAAUAUGUCAGCAACCUAAAUACAGACCAGCUCUCCAUCGCCCUCCUCAAAGGGGCGGUGGAGCUGGAGAACCUUCCCUUAAGGAAAGAUGCCCUCCGAGAGUUUGAUCUGCCCUUUGAGGUCAAAGCAGGCUUCAUUGGGAAGAUCACACUCCAGAUCCCAUUCUACCGACCCCACAGUGACCCCUGGGUCAUCUCCAUGUCCCAGCUCAACCUCAUCAUCGGCCCGGUCCGACCCCAGGAGUAUGACAAGGAGUCAGAGAGGGAGGCCGAGCUCGAACGCAAGAAACAGCUGCUCAAGGCAUUAGAGGACAAGUGGAAGAGCGAGUGUGAACAGAAAGGAGAGUCCUACUGGUACUCUGUCACUGCCUCUGUAGUCACCAGGAUCGUGGAGAACAUCGAGCUAAAGAUACAAGAUGUCCACUUGCGAUUUGAGGAUGACUUGACCAACCCAGGGAAGCCAUUUUGCUUUGGUGUCUGCAUCAACAACGUAUCUGCACAGAACUCUUCAAUAGAACCGGCACAAAGGCUCAUGCGGCAAAAGCAACUGGAGAUUAAAGAAUUCAGCGUCUAUUGGGACACAGUGUCUAGCAUGUUGGGAGAUCUCCCCGCCGUCGAGAUUCAGGAGGCCAUGACCAAGUGCAUGCAGAGCCGAGAGCACCAGUAUAUCUUUGAGCCGGUGUGUGCCUCGGUGCUGCUGAGGAGGAAUGCCUCCAAGGAGCCUCUGAGGUCUCGCAACGUGCCCCGCAUCGAGGGCCAGGUUCAGCUGAAGCCUCUAUCCCUACGACUGUCACAGGUGCAGUACCAGCAGAUCAUGGCCUUCCUCAAAGAGCUGGACCGCAGGGAAAGGGAGAUGAUGUUCCGCCAGUGGAGACCCAAAGUCCCUGUCAUCGGAAACUGCCGGCAUUGGUGGAUGUUUGCCAUCCAGGCCAACCUGAGUGAGAUUCGAGAGCAGAGGCGGAGGGGGAACUGGGAGUUUGCCCUGCAGAGGGCACGGGACGCCCAGCUUUACACCAACCUCUACUUCCAGAGGCUUAAAGGAGCCCCCCUCACCCCCCCGGAGGAGUGUGAAUUGCAGAGAGUGGAGGACGAGCAGAAUCUGGAGGAGUUGCAGAGCCUUAGGGGAGUUGUCCACGACUGCUUUCGCAAACAGGAGGAAAUCGCAGAGAGUGUGAGAGAACCUAUCGCUGAGAGCCCACCACCCUGUUCUCCCACAGGGAUCUCCAUCCCCAAGAGUGGCAGCUCUGGCAUGAUCCAGUACCUGCAGUCUUGGUUCCCUGGCUGGGGCGGCUGGUAUGGAGCGUACCCUGAGACGGGCCCUGAUGAGCUCCUACCAGGCCCUGGCACCUGGGACAUGCUGGAGGAGGACCUGUUUGACCCUCUGGAGGACUCUCAGACCCUCAACACCUUCACCAGGAGAGACCACCUGUUUGCCCGGCUAGAGUUCCAGCUAGAGAAGGGAGCCGUCACCCUCUUCCACCAAGACAAGAGGGGAGCUGAGAGCGGUGUCAUCGAGCUGAAGUUCUCAGAGGUGAAGGUGGGAGUGGAGUCUCUGCCCCGCUCGGAGUCAUCUCUUCUAUCUGUCAAGCUGGGGGGCUUAUUCCUCAGAGACCUCACCACCCAGGGCACCAUCUUCCCCUUCCUUGUUUCCCCCAAAUCGGACCAGGUUGUGGUUGCCAUAAACCAGCCUUUUGGCCAGCCUAGCGGUGCUGAAACCAGCAGCUCAGUCCCUAGCUCAGAGUCAUCGGCGUCCCCUGUGUUUGAGAUGAUAUACGAGCGCAACCCGGUCAGGUGUAAAUUUGAGCGGAGACUGGAGGUAAACACUAGCCCUCUGAACAUCGUCUACAACCCUCAGGCCAUUAAGAAAGUCACCGAGUUCUUCUACAAAGGAAGAGUCCACACCUCAGGUUUUGGGUACCAGUCGGAGCUGGAGGUGAGAGUGGCGGAAGCUGCCAGGAGGCAGUACAACAAGCUCAAGAUACAGACCAAGGCGGAGAUCAGACAAACCCUCGACCAGCUGCUAGUGGGGGAGUUCAUUGAGAACAGUAAGCGCUGGACUAUGAAGUUGGAUAUCUGUGCCCCCCAGGUGAUCUUCCCAGAUGACUUCCAGUCACAGGACCCCAUGUUAGUGGUGGUUGACCUGGGACGGAUUCUCCUCACUAACUCGCAAGAUGACACUAAAACAAAGUCGAAGACCACUCAGCUGGAGGGGGAGGAGUAUAACAGUGAUGAAGAGUACCAGACUCCGCUGGCCACACCCCCAAAUUCUCCGCCCCCUGAAAUGGAGACAGAGUUCAAAGACCAGAACAAGUACCCCCAGCUCGCAAGCCUUAAAUCCCCCGAGGGGGUCCAGGCCUUUAGCAGAAACCUCUACGAGAAGUACUCUCUGUCCUUCAAGGACCUGCAGAUCAUGGUGGGACGCUACAAAGACAACUGGAAGCACCUGCAGGAGAGCGAGGUGGGGCCCACCCACGUGGUUGAGAAGUUUAACGUGCUGCUGGAGCUGGAGCAGAGGCUGCGCUACACCUCAGACCCCCAGCUCCCUGGGGCUGUGCUUUCUGGGACUCUGCCAGAUCUUAAGGUCCACAUCAACCUGGAGAAGAUGACCGCCCUCAGGAGCUGCCUGACCCGACUGGGCAGCCCCGCUGAGGAGGACGAAGGCCAGGAGAAAGCAGAGAGCGUCAAGACGCCUGACCCUUCCAACCUGCGCCAUGAGAAGAUCUUCCAGAGGGAGGACAGCCAGUGGAAGCUCCAGGGCUCAGCCAAGAACCUUACCCAGAGCGUGAUGACACUGGAGCAGCACACGAGGGAGGUCCUGGUGGAGUCACGCCUCCUCCUGGCUGAGUUCAACAUCAACUACAUGCAGCUGGGCGUGGAGAGCAACGGACGAUACAUCUCUGUCCUUAAGGUCUUCGGCACCAAUGCCCAUUUUGUGAAGCGGCCUUACGACGCAGAGGUGUCCCUCACCGUCCAUGGCCUGCUGCUGGUGGACACACUACAGACCUACGGCUCCGACUUUGACCUCCUGGUGGCCUCCCACAAGCACCUGAGCUUCGAUGUGCCUACGGGCAGCCUCCGAGAGAGCCAGCCCUCCUCCCCUGCCGGGCCCGAAGGGAUGUCGCCCGAGCACCCUGCCCUCCACCGAGACUCCUCCUCUGGGUUACUCUUCGACAGAUUCUCCCCGUUCAGCUCCUUCCUCAGAGACCAGGAGGCCCUCAUCAAAUUGGAGUACCAGUUUGUCAGCUCGGACUGCCCCUCCAUGAACCUGGACAGCUCCCUCCAGGUGACCACCAUGCAGGUCAACAACCUGGACAUCAUCCUCAACCCGGAGACCAUGGUGGAGCUGCUCAAGUUCCUCCAGAAGUCUUUCCCCAAGGAGGAGAGCCCCUUGGCCCAGCAGCCAUCGCCCCUUCCGGCAGGCCAGGGUCAGGAGGGUCAGGAGGAGACCUACCAGUCCACCUACGACCAGAACAAGGAGCUGACUGUGGAGAUCCACAGGCUGAACCUGCUGCUGCUGAGGACUGUGGCCACUGGCAGCGUACUGGGCGGAGAGAAGAAAGGCUUGAAGAUUGCCACGGCCAGUGUCAACGGCACCAAGGUCAACGUGUCCAUGGGCAGCCGGCUGGAUGUCAACGGCUCGCUGGGCUCUAUCCAGCUAGUGGACUUGACCCAGGAGGGCGGCCGGAGCCAGUUUGUGGUCAGCAUUGGCAACGUAGAAGACGACCCCUCGGCAGCAGGAGGCGUAGCCUUCUUCUGCGGCCCUGAAGGAGCCCCCUCAGAGGCGUUGAACUUCCGUCUUCUGGAGCGCUCCCAGGGGGAGUGCUCGUUGACACUGCAGAUGGCCUCGCUGCACUACAACCACUCCGCCAAGUUCCUGAAGGAGCUGAGCCUCUCGGCCAAUGAGCUGGAGGAUAACUUCCGCUCCAUGCUCAAGACAGCCGCCACCAAGGUGUCCACGGUGCUGGCAACCAAGACGGCCGAGUACAGCGGCAUGGUCUCCCUGUUUGAGACGCCGUCGCGGCGCUCCAGGACCCAGAGCCAGAGCAACUGGAGCAACUACCCGUUUGAGGAUGAAGAGGAUUUGAGCGCGCAGGAGGAAGAACCCACCAUAGACUCGUUUAUGGUCAAGCUGAUCCUCAAUGUCAGCAUCGAGUCACCAGUCGUGUCCAUUCCCCGUAAACCUGGUCACCCCGAGCUCCUGGUGGGUCACCUGGGGAGUAUCACCAUCCAGAACUUUGUUGCCGGGCAGGACUCGGAAGGGGAGAGACUACAGGUGCUAGUGAAGGAUAUUCGGCUCUACUCACUCAAUACCAGUCACCUUGUGUUGAGGAAGGUAGCUAGAACUGACAGCAGUUCCUCUAACCAAUCGCCUUCUCACAACGGAUAUAUCAAUCAGGACGAGCCACAGUUUACUCGCCAUGACUUCUUUGAAUAUCUGAGUCGGGGAAAAGCCUUCCAUAUUCUGAAGGACACCACCAUUCAGUUCACCCUGGAGAAAGUUCCUCCCAUUGAUGAGGAUACCCAGUUCACCUUUCUAACCACAGACGAGCCCUAUAACAGCACAGGGUUACUUCGGGUGGAGGGCAAGUUUGUCAACGCAGUGCAGGUGUUCCUGGCCAAGCCUGUGUAUGAGCAGGUUCUACAGACACUGGAUAACCUUACCCUCACUGAGCCCCAGAGAGUAACGCCCAGCCAGCCUCCCACCCCGCCUCCCCCCACCCCCUCCUCCACCAAACCCCACCGCUUCCCAGAUCCCCAGGGUGGGCUCUUUGCCCGGGACCCCCCGCUCAUCGGCCUCUCCUACGCCUCCCUGUCCAACUCGCUGUCGUCCCCCAAGCCCCUGCAAUCCCACAGUCCCCCAAUGCAGACGCUGUCCUUCACCCAGGUGAGGGCCACCUUCAGGGUGGCAGAGCUCCAGGUGCAGCUGAGUGCUGACCUCAGCCAGGGUUCCCAGGGGCUGGUCAGCCUGCGCUUCCAGGACCUGGAGGGAGACUUCACCAAAGACCACCCCAACUGCCUGUCUGUCCAGCUCACGUUGCGCUCCCUCCUCAUGGAGGACCUCCUGGAGCAGAACCCUGAGUCCAAGUACAAGCACCUAAUGGUUUCCAGGGGUGCUCCCAAGCCCUCCACAUUCAGCCCCAAGGAAUACCUGUCCCAGUCGUGCCCAUCGGCCUCCAACGCCCUCUACCCUGAGAUGCCCCGCUCACUGCCCGCCCACAUGGAGGAGGCCCAGAACGUCUUCCAGCUGUACCAGAGACACCCCAGCACCCCGUCGGCCGCCAGCCGUAAGAGCGGACCCAAGAAGGACCCUGCCUGCCCCAGCACCCCACCACCCUCCCCCACCCGCAAUACCCCUUCGCCCCACCCUCCGCCCUCCGACUUUGACGAGUCUCUUGUUCACAUCAACUUGCUGCUGGUGGACCCACGCCACCCAGAGUUCCAGAGCCGAUACGGUGGCGUGGGGCGGAGCAUCGAUGUGGACUUCAACUGUCUGGAUGUGCUGAUCACGCUGCAAACAUGGGUGGUCAUCCUGGACUUCUUCGGGAUCGGCUCCACGGCCAACAACCACGCAGUCAAGGUGCCCUCGGCCUUCCCCCAGCAGCCCAUGCCGGGACAUCCUCUGUUCCAGCCUGGGAACCCACACGAGCUGGGGGACAUGUACCCAGACCUCACCCAGGAGGAAGUUGCUGAGGUGGUCAACACUAAACUGGAUCUCAAGGUCCAUGCGCUUGCUCUUGUGCUAAACAAGAAAACCAAUGAGCUUGCUAAAGCUAGCGUCUCCAAACUGUCUGCCCACUGGGAAAUGAUUGAUGGCGACAUAGCAUUGCAGGGUAGUCUUGGAAGCCUGUCUCUGAGUGACCUGACCCCACAUGGUGACGUCUACAGGGAGCGCUUCACCACGCGAGGCGGAGAGGCCCUUGUCUUCAACAUACACAAAUACGGGGAUCCUGACCCCUGGCUUGAGCGGGAGUGUGACAUGAAGGUGUCUCUGCAGAUGGCCUCGGUGCAGUAUGUCCACACGCAGCGCUUCCAGGCCGAGGUGGUGGCCUUCAUUCAGCACUUUACUCAGCUGCAGGAUGUCCUGGGCCGGCAGAGAGCCGCAAUGGAGGGCCAGGCUGUUCGUGAGCGACCUCAGCGGGCAUCCCGUGUGCUGCUAGACAUCGAGGCGGGUGCCCCCGUGCUGCUCAUCCCCGAGAGCUCGCGCUCGCCGCGCCUCAUUGUUGCCAACCUGGGCCAGCUGCGCGUCCAUAACUCUUUCCUGCCGGCUGGAACCCAUGGUACCUUCUCACUCAGAGACAAGGUAGAGAAACUUACCAUGGCCCAUACCUUUUUCCCCUCUCUGGAUCGCGUGAGGGACAGCCAUUCACAGACUGGACCAGCAACGAUUAGUGAGGAGGAGGAGGAGUCAACUGAGAAGCCCAAAACCUCCUCCACCCCCGCGUCCUUUGGUUUCACCCUGGGAAGGCCCCAGGCCCAGCCCGCUGCUGGGAGGAUCCCUGGCGAGGACGACCCACCAUUCAUCCUGGAGGAUCAUGUGUGUCUGCUGGACUGCAUAGCCUUGGACCUUCAGGAGAUGGACAUCUUUGCUGCGGAGCGUCUGCCCUGCCAGCCGUGGGACAGCGCCGCAGGGAAGCAGCCCGACUCAGACCUGGUCUUCCCCUCCUACUCGGUCCGCCGCACCGCCGCAUCUCUGCUCAAGGAGCGCUGCCACCUCAAACUUAAAGUGGAGCGCAACCUGGAUAGUGCGCUGAGCCAUAUGGUACCAGACAUGUCCAUCCACGGCAGCCUGUCCUCGGUACACUGCUCCCUGGACCUGGAGCGCUACCAGCUGAUCCGAGGCCUGCUGGACAACAACCUAGGAGAGCCUGUUGAGGAGUUCCUCCGCCCGUACAACCUGCAGGACCCCAGCAACUAUACGGUGUUGAGUGGUGAUGUGUACACCAGCCUGUCCGUCCUGGUGGACAUGAUGAACGUCAGCCUGGAGUUGCUGGACAGCCCCAACGCCACGGGACAGAAACCAUGCUCACUAGCCAGGUUUGAUUUCAUGAAGUCUAAGCUGUUGUUUGAGAGUUUCUCUAACGGCUCCAAGUCGGUGAAUCUGGUGUCUCACUCCCUCUUGGCAUAUGACACCCGUUACACCGGGCCUGGCAUGGACGUAGGCAGCAGUGCCAGGGGCAAGCACAAUGUCUUCGACUGCAUCCUGCAACCCUCCAAGACGGGCACCAACCGGGCCACACUCCAGCUGGAGCUGCAUUACAGGUCCACCAGAGACUCGUCCUGUUUCACCAUUGUCCUCAACAACCUGCGUGUUUUCCUCAUCUUUGAUUGGCUCCAGCUGGUUCGGGACUUUCUGCGCAUGCCCACUGAGAAGGGGGCAGAUGGCGCGCCUCGCCAGCGCUGGCCCAGCGGCAACAGUGACACAGAGACCACAGGUGCCGUUAUGCCCAAGACAGUCAAGAGCGGCGUGGUCACCAAGAGGUCCACUGUGCCCGUCAUACAGGAUCGGUACCUGGAAGUCAAGGUCAACGUGACAGGUACUGAGUUUGUGGUGGUUGAGGACUCGUCUUGUCUGGACACCAAUGCCGUCAUUCUGAAGGGCACUACUGUACUCACCUACAAACCCCGUCUGCUGGACAGACCAUUCUCUGGUAGCCUGGCCGGCAUCGAGGUGUUCUCCUGUCGGCUUGGCAGUGAGCAGGAGACGGCCCUGUCCAUCAUCGACCCUGUCAACGUGCAGGUGGAGCUGUGUGGCAGUCCCACCUACCAGAGCAGCUCUGGCCUGCUAGACGCCUUCAACAUGGCAGACUUCCCGCCUCUACUGGAGAUCCAGUUCCCUGCUUUGGACAUCCGGCUUUCUUACAACGACGUUCAGCUCUUCUUGGCUAUCGCCAAAUCCAUCCCCACCUCCGGCUCUCCCGGGCCCAGCGACACUGCCGAAGGCACCCAGGCCCUUGUAGUACCAUCCACAGCCAACCAGGACCCCUCCAGCUCCCAGAAAGACAACUUCAGGCACAAGACCGAGGCCCUGCUAGAGGGCCAGCUGACUCGGUUACAGGAUCUAGGCUUCAGGAUGGAGGACUGCAAACGAGCCCUGAUCCACAGCAAAGGCCAACUGGACCAGGCUGCCACAUGGCUGCUGGAGAAUGCAGAGACCAUGGUGGGUCAGGCCCGGGGCAGAGCAGACCCGGACUCGGCCAGCCACUCGUCGCACCCUUUGUCCGGGGUGGAGGUCAAGGCGGAGAGCGUGUGUAUCUGCUUCAUCGACGACUGUCUGGACUGUGAUGUCCCGCUGGCCGAGUUCACUCUCUCACGGCUGUAUGUGCUGCAGCGGAUCGGCUCGACCCAGGAGGGCAACGGCAGCUUCACUUUGUCAGGGGACUACUACAACAGAGAACUGUCAGGUUGGGAGCCCUUCAUCGAGCCCUGGCCCUGUUUCCUGACUUGGCAGCAGCAGGCUGCAGGGCGCCUCCACCCACCACGCCUCAAGAUGGGCAUCCGUGCCAAGCAGAGACUGGAUGUCAACAUCACCUCUGUUCUCCUGGAGCAGUACAGCCUCACCAAGAGCUCCUGGCUGGCUGACUACUGCAAGGAGGAGGAGCAGCAGCCUCCCCAGGCCUCGGCAGCCCUAUCCUGGAUGGGUUCCUCAGUGGACCCCCCCUGUUUCGGACAGAAUGUCCCUCUUGCCCACCUUAGAACUAGGAGCACAGCCAGCUUGACUUGCCUUGAGCAGCAGAUUCUCUCCAGAGCCGACGUGAAGCUGUCCAAGCGGAGGCAGCCGUUUGUACCCUACGCCCUGCGCAAUCACACGGGAUGUACCAUGUGGUUCGCCACCCUCACCACCACCCCUACAAGGGUGGCGCUGUCUCACAGUGGCAGUGCAGACUCCAUAUCCCACGUGCACGGCCCAGGCACGGAUGACACCCACAAUGUCAGCCAGUGGCGAGAGGUGCUGCCCGGAGAGGAGAUUCCCUUUGAAUUUGAAGCUCGAGAGAAACUCAGGCAUCGACACACUCAUGAGCUGAAGCUACAUCAGCUGUUGGUGCGUGUGGGGGGCUGGGAGCAGGUCAAACCCGUGUCCGUGGACAAAGUGGGCGUGUUCUUCCGCUACGCCGCCCCCGACCGCAACAACCCCUCUAACACAGUGGGCAGCCCUGUCAGCAGGACCAACAUCAUACACCCUCAUGUCUAUUUCUCAGCUCUGCCACCGGUGCGCGUGGUCUUCUCUAUCACCAUGGAGGGUAGUGCCCGGAAGGUGAUCACAGUCCGUUCAGCCCUCAUGGUCAAGAACCGCCUGGAAGUCCCCAUGGAGGUGCGGCUGGACAGCCCCUCAGCACCAGACAAGCCUGUGGUGCUGCCGCCCAUCCUGCCCGGUGAGGCCCUGGCGGUGCCCCUCCACCUGACGUCGUGGCGGCUGCAGGCGCGGCCCAAAGGCCUGGGCCUGUUCUUCUGCAAGGUGCCCAUCCAUUGGACCAGCGUGGAGAGACCCGGCGAGGUCAAGAGCAGCAAGAGGGAGUGCCAGUCGGCCGACUUUGAGGACCACCUCAAACGGAGCUUCAGGUUCUGCGUGGUGAUCAAGAAAGAGAACUACCCGGACCAGCAGCCUGCCAAGACCGUAUCGGGUUCUGGCAGCUCCAAGCAGAUCUACUGGCAGCCAGGCCACACCAUCUACCUGCUGCCCACGCUGGUGCUGGCCAACCUGCUGCCCUGCGACCUCAACUACUACAUCAAGGGCACGUCCAUUAAGGGCUCCCUGAAGCCGGGCAAGGAGGCUGUGCUGCAUGCUGCAGACACCUCCCAGAACAUGGAGCUAGGAGUGCUGCUAGAGAACUUCUCUGUGUGUAAGGAGCUGCUGAUUCCCCCUGGUACCCAGAACUAUGUGGUGCGCAUGCGGCUGUAUGAUGCUAACAAGCGCCUGCUCUGUCUCACGAUACGCAUCAUCCUGCGGGCGCAGGGGGCGCUCAAGAUCCUCAUCUCAGCACCCUACUGGCUCAUCAACAAGACCGGUCUGCCGUUGAUCUUCCGUCAGGACAAUGGGAAGACGGAUGCAGGCGGUCAGUUUGAGGAGCACGAGUUAGCCAGGAGUCUCAGCCCCUUGCUCUUCUGUUACACUGACAAGGAGCAGCCAGCCAUGUGCACUAUGCGGAUAGGGAAAGGGAUCCAUCCGGACGGGGUUCCCGGUUGGUGCCAGGGCUUUUCCCUGGACGGUGGGAGUGGAGUGAGGGCGGUGAAGGUCAUCCAGCAUGGGAAUAGACCUGGACUCAUCUACAACAUAGGCAUCAACGUUCGUAAAGGCAAGGGCCGCUACAGAGACACCCACAUCGUGACCUUUGCCCCUCGGUACCUGCUGGACAACCGCUCCACCCACAAACUGGCCUUCUCCCAGAGAGAGUUUGCCAGGGGCAAGGGAACGGUGAACCCAGAGGGCUACAUCUCCACCCUGCCGGGUUCCAGCGUGGUCUUCCACUGGCCCAGGAAUGACUACGACCAGCUUCUGUGUGUGCGCCUCAUGGACACCCAAAACUGCACCUGGUCCGGAGGCUUCGAGGUCAACAAGCCCAAGUCCUUCCAUGUCAACAUGAGAGACACACUGGGCAACUGUUUCUUCCUGCGAGCUGAGAUCACACUGAAGGGAGCCACCUAUCAGAUCUGCUUCAGCGACACCGACCAGCUACCACCACCGUUCCGCAUCGACAACAUCUCGGAGGUGCCCAUCCAAUUCUGGCAGCACGGUGUGGCAGACAUCCGGCUUCACACGGAGGUGAAGGCGGGAUCAGUGCUGGACUUUGCUUGUGACGAGCCCACCCUGCCCCCCUACCUCACCCUCAUCGUGAAGGGUGCCGGCUCGUCCGAGGUCACCGCUGAUAUGAACUUCUUCCGGGAGUACAACAAACUCUACUACGAGAACUUCAUCUACAUCGCUGCCACAUACACUUUUUCUCAGGAUGCAGGGAAGAGGCCGGUGGGGAAAAAACGGGUGGUGGCAGGUGCUGAACUGGUGCUGGAUGUGGAGACCAAGACCCAGAGAGUCGUCCUCAAGAAAAAGGAGCCGGGGAAGCGUUCCCAGCUGUGGCGGAUGACGGGAACAGGAAUGCUCUGUCACGAAGGCUCCUCCCCUCCACAGAGCAAGCCUGCUCAGCCACGCCCCCUGGACUCCUCCCUGGUGCUGGACAUAGCAGGGUUGGCAGCGGUCACCGACAAUCAUUAUGAGCCCUUGAUGCUGAGGAGGCCAGACCCGCGGCGCAGCACCACCCAGACUUGGCACUUCUCAUCAGGCAUGCUGACCUGUGGCCUGCCCCGGCUGGUGGUACAGGCGAACGGUGGUGUGGAGGGGCUGUUUGACGGGGCAGAGGUGGUGCUGGGGCCGGCUGCAGGCCUGCUGGAGCUGGGCCCAGAGCAGCAGUUCAUCAACCAGAAGAUGAGGCCUGGCUCUGGGGUGCUGUCUGUCCAAGUCCUGCCGGACGGACCCACACGAGUGCUGCAGAUCAGUGACUUCAACCAGCGGCGAAUGAACCGGACGUACCCGAGCACAGAGGAGGACCAGAACAAAGACAACAUUCAGAAGAAGAAGCCAGAGCAGGAACUGGAGGUGUUGGUGAACUUGGAGGAAGGCGUGGGUCUCUCCCUGGUUAACAAGCUGCCAGAGGAGCUGGUGUUCACUACGUUGUCGGGUAUAGACGUCCACUUCACUCGCACCGCUGCCAACGAGGUGCUGGAGCUGAGCAUCCAGAACAUCCAGGUGGAUAAUCAGCUCCUGGGCACCACUCAGCCGGUGAUGCUCUGUGUUUCCCCAGGCUCCAGUAGUGAGAGCAGCAUCGUGGACACUGGCGCCGCCCUACAGAUCAACUCUGUUAAGGUCCCCAGCAACCUCAUUCUCACCGACCUCUUCAAGCAUCUCAUGGUGACAGCGAGGCGCUUCACUGUCAUCAUCGAGGAGAAACUCCUGCUGAAGCUGCUCAGCUUCUUUGGUUACGGCCACACAGAGGCAGAACUGGAGAGGUUGGAUGAGAGUCUGUAUGAGAAGGCCAGUGAUGACCAGGGAGCUCCCAAGCGCUACUACUUUGAGAACCUGAAGAUCAGCCUCCCUCAGGUCAAGCUGAGUGUGUUCACCUCUCACAAGCUCCCGCCUGACCUCAAGGCCCUCAAGGGAACCCUGGGUAUCCCGCUGAUACGGUUCGAGGAUGCAGUGAUCAACAUGUACCCCUUCACCCGGGUCCACCCUUACGAGACGCAGGAGAUCAUCAUCAACGACAUCCUCAAGCACUUCAGAGAGGAGCUGAUUAGCCAGGCGGCUCAGAUCCUCGGCUCGGUGGACUUCCUGGGGAACCCCAUGGGACUGCUCAAUGAUGUCACCGAGGGCGUCUCCGAGCUUAUCAAGUACGGCAAUGUGGGCGGGCUCAUCCGCAACGUCACCCACGGAGUGUCCAACUCCGCCGCCAAGUUUGCAGGGACUUUGUCGGACGGGUUGGGCAAGACCAUGGACAAUCGACAUCAGAACGAAAGAGAGUACAUCCGUUACCAUGGUGCCACCAGCGGAGAGCAUCUGGUGGCUGGGAUUCAUGGAUUGGCUCAUGGUAUCAUCGGAGGGUUGACCAGCGUCAUCACGUCCACAGUGGAGGGGGUGAAGACUGAGGGAGGAGUCAGCGGCUUCUUCUCUGGCCUGGGGAAAGGUCUGGUUGGUACGGUGACCAAGCCGGUGGCCGGUGCGCUGGACUUUGCCUCGGAGACAGCACAGACGGUCCGAGACAUGGCCAGCCUCAGUAACCACAGGUUGAGUGUGCUGCGGGUGAGGAAGCCACGAUGCUGUAAGGGACCACAGGGCCUGCUGCCCCGCUUCUCCUCCACCCAGGCCGACGGACAGGAGCAGCUCUUCCACCUCACUGACAGCAUCCACUCUGAGUUCUUCAUUGCUGUGGAGCCCAUAGACACCUACUGCGUGCUCAUAUCUUCCAAAGUGGUCUACUUCCUCAAGCCUGGUGAAUUUGUGGACCGCGAGGCCAUUUUCCUGGAGGUCAAGUAUGAUGACCUGUACCACUGCCUGGUCUCAAAGGACCAUGGGAAGGUGUAUGUGCAGCUCACCAAGAAGGCAGAGAGCACCAGCAGUGGCGUAGCCAUGCCAGGCCCUUCCCACCAGAAGCCUAUGGUUCAUGUGAAGAGCGAGAAUCUUGCUGUAAAAAUCUCUCAAGAAAUCAACUAUGCCAAGAGCCUUUACUACGAGCAGCAGCUCAUGCUGCCGCCCAAUGAGACUGAAGACUGCAUACUAUUGGACUCAUAACUGACCCCUGGAAAGGGUGGCACAUACACAUGUUCUUCCUGUUUCUUCCCACUGAAAGUAGUCGUCUUUAAUAUGUUGCGAUUAGUGUCUGAAGAUAUGAUCCACAAUCACUAGAGAAUUUCUCCUAUGUCUCUCUAAGGACGGAAUGCCCUAUCCUGGUCCUGGAUGGCAACAGCCUGCUAAUUUUCCACCGCCCUGAUAUGAAGAAAACUAGGCCAGUGCAAAGUGAACGGGCUUGUUGGACUGACCGUCUGUAUGGGUAUAAGGGCUUGGUCUGGCUGCAGCUUUGUGUGAAGUGAAGCCCAUCCCGGGUCAGGAUCGGCCCCCACUGCACUUGGUUUAGUAGCGCAACAUAGUUUAGACUUAGAAGGUCCAACAUCCCAAGAUGCACACGGUUUAAACAAUGAAAAGAAAUAUGCCAACAGCUGUUUUAUCGACUUCUGUAUAUUUAGAACACAAUACGAUGACAGAUGUUUUAUUUUACAAAAAUGUUUAUAAGAUAAGGUAUAUGUCAGUAGAUGUACACACAUACGAGUAGUGUUAUAUUAUGUUUGUGUAUAGACACCUAUGUACAUAUAUAGCUACAUACAAAUAUAACACUAUAGCUAUGUACAUAACCAAGUUGGACAGUAUAAUUAUUAUUAUUAUUUGGGUUGAUGUGAAGUGAAAUGCUGUACAAAACUGCCUUUAAAAUGUCUUUAUUUUGUGUAUAAAAGUAUUUUCGGGUUGAAUUCAUUGCACUGACACUUAGUUUGGACACACUGGCUACUCUUGCCCUCCACCUGGGCCACACUCACCACACAGGGAAGGCAGUCGGGGGAACUGCCACUCAAGUCCCUAGCCUUUUAUAAUCAUGGGCCUCUGUCUGGUUUCGGUCACCCUUUUAUUUUAGGACUUUUUUUACCAGUGUCCUUUUUAACCAAUUUCUUCUGAGAGCUGUAGGUUUUGGAAUGUGUUCCUUGAACAUUGAGUUUCUAUCUACUGUGAUCAGACCAGGGGCCUUAGUUACACCCAAAGCUUGUGAAAGGUGGAGGACAUGAGCUUUAACCUGUGGAGGAGGAGGAAAGAGAGUGAAUUGAUGACAUUGCUUAUAAUAAAGCACCACAACUGCAGUACUCAAUA